AUGGCGCCGCGAGCCGAGGAUGAAGAUCUGGUGAUUGAGCCGGCGGACGAUGAAGGACUGCUUUUCGGAAAUUCCUCGUGAGUUUGGUUUUGUAAACGUUUUUUUCUGUUUCAAAUUUGAUAUUUAAUAAGUUUCCACUUUAUGAAGUUAGUAGGUAGGGCAAAAGAAAAAAACAAUUUUUUUCUCAAAGAAAACAAAAUUGAGGCGAAUAGAGUAUUCGGUUAUAAAAUAGUUUUCAUACUGAAAAAAAUUAAAUCUAACAAAGUUUUUCUAGUAUUUUAGCUUAUUGACAUGCUGGAAAAAAACCGUUUUUUUGCAAUUUUUCAAAAUGAUCGAAGUUUUUUUGAGCCAUCAAAAUGUGAUUUGAAAAUGUCGUAAAAUGAAAUAUUUGUGGUGGAAAAAAAUUCAUAUCUUCGGUUUUUUUCAAGAAAAUUUAAAAUUAAAUCUAUUUUUAUUUGACAUGAAAUUGAAAAAAAUUUAUGGAGAAAAAUAUUUUUUUAAAAUUAAGUUUGGUGGAAAAAAAUAGAUGAAAUUUAAAAAAAGGGGGUUUUUUUCUAAAGUUUUCUGAACAUUUUGAAAAAAAAUCAGGCUUUUAAAAUGUUCAUAAUGUAGAUAAAUAUGUACUUUGAACUCCUUUGAAAUCCAAAAAAAUUUUUCAAAAUUUGAAAGGUUGAAAAAGUUUUUUUGUUCACUUUGAAGCUUCCUGUUCACGGAAUCGUUAUGAAAUUGAACAUUUUUCAAUAUUUUAAGCAUUUUUUUGAAAUAAUUUUUGAAUGACGGAAAGGGUCGAAAAAUGCUCCAAAAAUUUUCCUUUUUUGCUACCUUUUUGCGCCAUUUCAUCGGCCUUUAUGCACCAUUUUUGCUGCCUCCCCCUUUUUCCACCAUUUCUUGAGUUUUUAAAAUCCCAGAAAAAUAAAAGGCUCGAAAAAGGGACCCUCUUUGCUGCCUUUUUGCUACCUUUUUUCAGCUUUUUUUCAGCCUGUAUCUCUUAGCGGCCAUUAUCCAUCAUUCCGACUUUGCUUGAGAGGAAACCUGUAGAUCCUGAGCUACAAAACUUCCAAUUUUUUUCUAGGAAAUCAGACAAUUUUAUUGGAAAACUUUUUCAAAAUUCAUAAGUUUCCUGUACUCUUCCGAUUAUUUGCAUAGCCGUCCCUUGUAGGAAAAUGGAGAAAUGCAUAAAAUAGGCGUAUUUUGGAGGACCAGCCCCUGUUCCAGUGACCCUUGUCCAUCUCAAAUUACGUUUAUUUCGCCAUCAGAAUAUAUAUUCGGACGCUUGUCUCGUUUUGUAUUGAUCUUUUGGGCUUUCUUGAGUCUUUUUUUGUACUUUUUUUAAAGCUCCUUUCAACAAAUGUCACUUGAGUUCCCAGGAUGCUUUAGAAAGAUUUUUUUCUAACUUUUUUUAAAAGCCCUUUUUUUAUUCAUCAUAUAUUCAUUUAGUUUUUUUACUUUUUUUAUGAAGCUUUUUGAAACAGUAUUAUUAGUAAUUUCAGUUUUGAAAAAAAUUUUUUGAAAAAAAAUUUUUUUCCUAUUCCGGAAGAUUAUUAGAAAAAAAUUUCUGUUGAUUCCAAAAAAAAAUUACUUUUUUUGAGGUUCAGUUUAUCGAAAAUUAUCCUGAGGUCUGAAAAAUAUACUCAGAAUAUCAGAGAAUUUUUUUAAAUUACUAGUCAGUUUAUUUUUAUUUUUAUUUUUUUCCGCACAGAACUUGACAAAAAAAAAUUUUUUUGGUGUGAAAGUGGAGCCUCAAUUUUUUUAAAUUUUUCUGAAAAACCACUAUACGAAAAAAAUACAAAAACAUUAUUCCAACAAUCAUUUCUAUAAAAAAACUUGUCGAAAAUCCUGACAAAAAUGUCAAAACUGAGCCGCGGCUGAGUUUUCACAGCUCAUUAUGUUUUCUUAAUGAAAAACUGAGCCGCUGCUAAAUUUUCACGGCUAAUUUUCUCCUCCGACUUCCUGUCCUUCGCAAUGCGAUAACGUCUUGGCGUCACUUAAUGGUGUCAAAAAAAGGAUGAUGAGAGAAGAAGAGAGCGCCAGAGAAACAGACGGUGACCGUAUCUGACUGACAAACCGUCCCAUGACGCGUCGGAUAAUUGACACUUUCCGUGGUUUGGCCCAAUAUUGAGAGCGUCGUUUUGCCAUCCCCUGUCUACGCUCUAGAGUGGGUUAUUACCUCGGGUUUCGGCAGAUUAUCCGGUUUCAUUGCGGGUCUUGGAAGCUGAAGCUCAUUUUUGAGGAAAAGAGGGUCAGGAACUUCACAAAAAGUUCGAGCUGGUCCAGCUCUUUUCAUAAUAUGGUGUUCUGGUCCAGCUCUUCCUAGGGCUUCAAGAUUUUUCCCGCCCAAGCAAUUAUCAAGGUUUUUGACCUGGUCCAGCUCCAAAAUUUUAGCAGCUAAGGAAAUAUGGGAAAAGCUCUUGAACCGAUCGACCUGGUCCAGCUCCAUCGAAACUUUCAAAUCGAAACUUUUCAAGCCGUCCGACCUGGUCAUUUUUGGGGAACGGUCACAUGCAAACUUUGACCUCGACCAGCUCCAAAAAUAGUCAAGGGACUUUGAGAUCUUUUGAGGACUGAUAUAAGGGUCAGUAUCACCAUCCUACACUGAAUAUGACCUCGUCCAGCUCUAAAAAUAAAGUGAGGCUUCAAGAUCUUAUGCACAGAAUUUGAUCUCGACCAGCUCCAAAUAAGUGUGAAGCUUCAGGAUCUUUAAAAUUACCGACACAAGACUCGAAAUCACUUUUCUACACUGAAUAUAACCUCAUCCAGCUCCAACAAAGCGUGAGCCUUCACAAUCUUCAAAAAUACUGAUGCCGCCAUGUCUUCCUUACACAAGGUUUUACCUCGUCGAGCUCCAAAAAAUUGUGAAACUUCAAGAUCUCCUACGCAGAAUUUGACCUCGUCCAGCUCCAUAUAAGUCAAGCUUCGAUGAUAAAAUCACCGGAAUUUGAUCUCGAUCCUCUCCAAAAAGGCAUGAGCCUUCACGAUCUUCAAGAAUGACUGCCCUACCCAAAAUUUGACUUAGUUCAGCUCCAAAAAUGAAGUGAGACUUUAAGAUCAUCUACACAGAGUUCGACCUCGUCCAGCUUCAUAAACAGUCCAGACCUCAUGGUCUUCAAAAAUACCGAUACCAUGACUGUCCUACCCAAAAUUUGACCUCGUCCAGCUCCAAAAACAUGACCCAACGUUGCAAGAAGAGGCAAAUGGACCUCCUGCUGAUGUCUGCCGUUCUGUCGACUCGAGUCCCCGAGUCGAGUCGAGUGACCUCUGCCUGUCACUUAUUCGGAUCUCCUCCUCGUUUCCUGCACUCUUCUCUCUCGAAGUCUUUUUGCUUUUUUCUCGCACCCCCCCUCUCCUCCCCCCGCCGAUCCUGUCCUCCUCCAUCAUUCACUGCGACACGGAAAAUCGACGUCGGCGUCGGUUCCAGUUAUUUAUGA